CGCUUUCCAAGCCCGGCGGGUGCGCGGCGCGGCUCGUGCGCGGCGGCCGUGAGGGGCGAGCGGUACUAUGGAAGAAAACAAAGAAAUGUCAGUACAUAGCCUGAGUCAUUUGACGGAAGAAAAACUGGAUAUUUGCACAAACAGUGUUUCAGACUUUCCUCUUCUGACUGAUGAAAAGUUUGAUUUUGACCUUUCACUCUCUUCAACAAGUGGAAAUGAAGAUGAAGUUUUUGUUGGACCUGUGGGACACAAAGAAAGAUGUAUUGCUGCCAGUAUGGAAGCAAAAAAGUCUGUGUCUGCUUUUGAUGAUAAACUCAUGUGGAGCCCGCUUCAAGGAGAGAAAUUUGUGGAAAUUUUCAAAGAAGCUCAUUUGUUGGCACUGCAAAUAGAGACUGGAAGCAAGGACAAGGAGACCAAAAUAAGCCAAUCAGAAGAACAGGAAAACAAGACUGUAGAAACAUUUGUGGAGGACUCAAAGUCAAAGCUGAAGAUACUGAGAAACAAAAACAUAGAAAUAACUCCCAGGCCUGUUAAACGGGAGACGUACUGUGUGCAGGAUAGCCCAGCGUGUCAGCUGCCACCUUGUUUUCAGAAGGCCUCGCACAAAACUGUGUCAGAUGGCAAAGAAUGUGCUCUUCCUGCUCCUCCUGACAGAAGCCCUGUUAAAAUCUGUGUGUCUCCUGCAAAAAAUGCUAGAUUCCCCCUAUCAGAGGAGCAGGAAACUAAGGAAACAAAUACAAAGGCAAUUGGCAAACUGCCAAUGGCAAAACCAUCAUCUGCUUCUGGAAAAAGCAAUUUGUUGACAAUUGACAAGCCUGGCUUAAGGAAGAUGACAUAUCUGAAAUGUCCUCGUGUUGCCAGUGGUCUCCCAAGGAAGACUACAUCAUCAUCUUCAUCAACAGUUUCCAGCAUGAACUCAAGCCUUAAUUCAAGUUUACCAAUUUCUCCUAUAGGCAUAAAAGGAAAAUCAAGCGUGGCAUCAAAAGCUAGUCUGAGUGGCUCUAAGCUUUCAUCUAGUACAAGCAAGCUGGCCCUUGUCAGACCUACCUCAGUGUCAUCUCUGCAAGCUGCCAAUACUGAGAAAUCCAGGAAGCAAGUGAGAUCAGCUAGUACUCCCAAAAUACCUAGUGCCAUAAGCCUGGCUAAAUCUUCAGCUUCUGCAACAUCAUCUGAGGCUGCAGGCAGCGGAAUUCGGAGACCAAGCUCUGUUUCCAGUCUGCAGCAGCUAUGUCAACAGAAUAAAGAUGGGAGUUCAACAAAAGGAAGCCUGUGUCCAAAGCCCAAGGCUAGAGUUUUGUCUCUUUCUACAAGUCAAACUAAGGCUCCUGUGAAGACUCAAGAUGCAACACCAAACAAGUUGGUACCAAAAGCAACACCAUCUCUUGGAUUAACAUUUUGUGGCACACCUGGAAGUGCCAUGGCAGUCAGCACUCCUGUGAAAGCCUCAGAAGAGAAGGCCUUCCAGAGCUUUUGUUUCCCUGAGAAGGCUGCCGCCAUGACUCCUGCCAGCGUGAAGCGGUCUGGCCUACCUACGCCUGUGCGUCGGAUCUCGGGGUUCCCAGCAGCGACUCCUAGAACUGUACCAAGAAUGCCAACUUCUCCACAUGCUGCGUCUCUUCGGCAAAGCUUCAGCUUUUCUACCAAAAAGACUUUUACAGCUGGUUCUAAACAGAAACAAGAGAGUAAGACACAGACAUCUUCAGAAAAUGACACGUCUCCUCCAGCUGUGCUACCUCUUGUACUUAACUUCUCCCCAGAGAAAACUGCUACAGAAGAAGCAGAAAAUGCAUUAAAAGAGGCAGAAGUACAAAAUGAGCUGGCUGAAGUACAAAAUGAUCUGGCUGAAGAGAAACAACCCGAGGCUUUACUGCUAGAUAUUGGAGCAGAUGAAUCUCUCCCACACACUUCUGAAUGUGAAAGUAGACCUUUGAUUGACCUUUCCAAUACUCCUGAAGUGAGUAAGAUUUCUUCUGCAAAGUCUGUGUUAUCUGGGCAGAUAAAGUUCUUGGCAGCAGCCCAUUCUAAUCAAAAAAAGAAGGGAUGCCUCUCCUGUUUAUUAGCUGCUCUCGUAAUCCUCUCCUAAGCUGGAAGAUGUGUACUGUUUGAAUCUGCUCUAAAUUUUACAAGCAUUUUUACACAUUAGUGGCUUGAAGGUAUCUGCCUUUAGAUCAUUGUCAGAUGAAUGCUGGUAACUAUGAGGAUGCAGCCUUUGAAAAAAAGUGUAGUUGGGCUCAGUUGAGUACCAGGCCCUUCAAAUUUUGUCAGAAGAGGAGUAUUGCAGAGCUCUGACUUCGGGGUGCAUGUUGAGAGGAGUUCAGAAGUGCUGUGUCCUGUCUGGAUGGUACUGUCACUACAAUAUGCACACUACUGAAACUUAGAAAAGGCUUUGAGGUUUUUAAGGUAAGUAUGGGCAAUAACCACCUUUUGAGAAGCUUGUGCUUGUCUAAGAAUGAGCAUGUUUUUAAAAACCUGAAUACAAAAGCUUGACUGUGGUGUUUUUGUAUUUGUCUUCUAGAUACUAAUAAGAACCCUAAACAAUAAAAGUACUUGAGAAUAAUAGAGAUUAUAACUGCUAGUAGCUAUGCACAACAGUUGACUACUAGCUAAAUUUUUCUGGUUUUCUUUCAGCUAAUUGAUUUGAGUUCUCCUCUUAUUACUCUGAGCCCUGAUGUUAACAAAGAAAAUCUGGAUUCCCCUCUACUGAAGUUCUGAAUCUGAACUGAAACGAAGAAUUCUUAGCAACUGUGAUCUUUGAAGUGGUUUUGGUGUUAUUCCUCAUUUCUAUAACUUUUUGAAGAUGGCUGUAGAUUGUCUGAUGAACUGCACUAACAAGAUAGAAUUCUAACACUCUUGAUACAGUCACUCUGAUAAUGGUUUUGUUCAUGGAUGUGCUGCAAUGGAUGUGUUUAAACUAUGUUGCUUGAAGGCAAAAAAAUUUGAACUGUAAUUCCAGUUUCUGAAUUGGAAGCCUGUCUCCUUACUUCUUACUGAUUGUCAUUUGAUUCCUCUAUGUACAACAAAGUUCUAAUUUAAAAUAAAUAAGUUGCUUGCUAAACCCGUA